AUGCAACAUGAGAUGAAAGAUUACAAGUCAGCGUUGGAAUCAAGUCAACAUGCUCUUCAAAUCAGAUUAAAACUGUUUGGCGAAGACCAUUCUGACACUGCUAGAAGUUAUCACAGCAUUGGAGUUGCACAAUAUGAGAUGAAAGAUUACAAGUCAGCGUUGGAAUCUGAUCAAUAUGCACUUCGAAUCAGAUUAAACCUGUUUGGAAAAAAUCAUUCUGACAUGCACUGCUGCAAGUUAUCACAGCAUUGCAGUAACACAAUAUGGAAUGAAAGAUUACAAGUCAGCGUUGGAAUCUAAUCAACAUGCACUUCGAAUCAGAUUAAAACUGUUUGGAGAAGAUCAUUCUGACACUGCUGCAAGUUAUCACAGCAUUGCAGUAACACAAUAUGGAAUGAAAGAUUACAAGUCAACGAAUUAAAUUCGACGAAAAAUUCGGCGUUUAAAAUAAACCUAAGAUGGAAUAUAGCAAUAGCAGCGAUUGCAAUUGAAAAAGUCUUAAUAUUUACAUACGGUAGCAAAGCUAUUUCAUAUUCCCUUCAAUUCUCAUCAGUUCCAACUAAUUAACACAAUAUUUCAUUCCAUAUUGUGUUAUCACAGCAUUGCAGUAACACAAUAUGGAAUGAAAGAUUACAAGUCAGCGUUGGAAUCUAAUCAACAUGCACUUCGAAUCAGACUAAAACUGUUUGGAGAAGAUCAUUCUGACACUGCUGCAAGUUAUCACAGCAUUGCAGUAACACAAUAUGGAAUGAAAGAUUAUAAGUCAGCGUUGGAAUCUAAUCAACAUGCACUUCGAAUCAGAUUAAAACUGUUUGGAGAAGAUCAUUCUGACACUGCUGCAAGUUAUCACAGCAUUGCAGUAACACAAUAUGGAAUGAAAGAUUACAAGUCAACGAAUUAAAUUCGACGAAAAAUUCGGCGUUUAAAAUAAACCUAAGAUGGAAUAUAGCAAUAGCAGCGAUUGCAAUUGAAAAAGUCUUAAUAUUUACAUACGGUAGCAAAGCUAUUUCAUAUUCCCUUCAAUUCUCAUCAGUUCCAACUAAUUAACACAAUAUUUCAUUCCAUAUUGUGUUAUCACAGCAUUGCAGUAACACAAUAUGGAAUGAAAGAUUACAAGUCAGCGUUGGAAUCUAAUCAACAUGCACUUCGAAUCGGAUUAAAACUGUUUGGAGAAGAUCAUUCUGACACUGCUACAAGUUAUCACAGCAUUGCAGUAACACAAUAUGGAAUGAAAGAUUACAAGUCAGCGUUGGAAUCUAAUCAACAUGCACUUCGAAUCAGAUUAAAACUGUUUGGAGAAGAUCAUUCUGACACUGCUCCAAGUUAUAACAACAUUGAAGUUACGCAAAGUGAGAUGAAAGAUUACAAGUCAGCAUUAGAGUUUCAGCAAAAAGCUCUUCAAAUCAGAUUGAAACUGUUUGGGGAGGAGCAUUCUGACACUGCUGCAAGUUAUGACAGUAUUGGUUCGACACAAAAUGAGAUAAAAAUCCCAUUCAAACUGUUUGGAGAAGACCAUUCUGACAUAGUUAGUAGUUAUGACCGCAUCGGAAUCGCACAGAAUAAAAUGCGAGAUUACAAGUCAGCAUUAGAAUCUAAACAAAAAGCUCUUCAAAUUAGAUUAAAACUGUUCGGAGUAGACCAUCCUGACAUUGCUGCAAGUUAUAACAGCAUUGGAGUAACACAGCAUGAGAUAAAAAACUACCAGUCAGCAUUAGAAUCUCAUCAAAAAGCUCUUCAAAUCAGAAUAAAAUUGUAUAUGGGGAUGAUCAUUCUGACACUGUUGAAAAUUAUCGUGCAAUUGGAGUCAUUCAACGUGCUAUGAAAAACUACAAAGCAGCAUUAAAGUUACAUCAAUAUGUUGUACAAACUAGAUUAAAGCUGCACGGCAAGUACCACCCUCAGACUGCUUUCAGUUAUCGCAGCCUUGGAAUCACACAACGUGAGAUGAAAGAUUACAAGUCAGCAUUAGAGUCACAACAACAAGCUCUAGAAAUUGCGUUAAAGUUGUUCGGAAACAAUCAUCCUGACACUGCUGAAAGUUAUGAUAUCAUUGGAGACACACAAUGUGAUAUGGAAGAUUACGAGUCAGCUGUAGAAUCAUAUCAACAUGCCCUUUAA